UUGCCGCUAAACUCGAGCUGGGAGUGAAGACGCGGUCUGUGUUCAUGUUUCUCUUCAGGUUUAUUUUUGGCGGGUUUUUGUGUUUAAUGAGGUCAAGCUGCUAGAUUUGUAGGACAUGAAUUAUCGAAAUGACGUCACGGACUGUUGAGAUGAAUGUUUUAUUAACUUGUGUGUAUGUGAGAGUGUUUUUUAAAUAAAAGUAACGGUCCUUCUGUUUUUCAGUUAGCUAGCGGAGAUUAGCUGCGCGCGCACACAGCCUUUUAGCGUUAACUUAAACCGAGUGUACGUUAGAGUGGACAGUGAGGGGUUAGAGUGGACAGUGAGGGGUUAGAGUGGACAGUGAGGGGUUAGAGUGGACAGUGAGGGGUUAGAGUGGACAGUGAGGGGUUAGAAUGGGGAUCCAGGGACUGCUGCAGUUUCUAAAGGAGGCUUCAGAGCCGGUCCACGUGCAGAAAUACCGUGGACACACCGUGGCAGUGGACACAUACUGCUGGCUGCACAAAGGAGCUUUCUCCUGCGCCGAGAAACUGGCCAAAGGAGAACCUACUGACCAGUACGUGGUGUACUGUAUGAAGUUAGUGGACAUGCUCCUGUCCUAUGGCAUUAAACCGGUGCUGGUGUUUGAUGGACGGAACCUUCCAUCAAAACAGGAAGUGGAGAAAGCUCGACGAGAGCGUCGCCAGGCCAACCUACAGAAAGGCAAGCAGCUGCUGCGAGAAGGGAAAGUGGCUGAGGCUCGAGACUGUUUCACACGUUGUGUUAACGUCACACCCUCCAUGGCACAUCAAGUUAUCAAGGCGGCGAGGGCACGUGGAGUGGACUGUUUGGUGGCUCCGUAUGAAGCUGAUGCUCAGUUGGCGUUCCUGAAUAAAUCAGGCAUCGCUCAGGCCAUCAUCACCGAGGACUCAGACCUACUGGCAUUCGGCUGUAAAAAGGUGAUAUUGAAGAUGGACAAGCAGGGGAACGGUCUGGAGAUAUCACAGUGUCACCUGGGCCGCUGCCGCUCUCUGGGAGAUGUCUUCACUGAGGAGAAGUUCCGCUACAUGUGCAUCCUCUCAGGCUGUGAUUACCUCCCAUCGCUCUAUGGCAUUGGGCUGGGGAAAGCCUGCAAGCUGCUCAGGAUGGCCAACAACCCUGAUAUCCUCACGGUGAUCAGGAAGCUCGGUCAGUACCUGAAGAUGAACAUCAACGUACCUGACGAGUACAUCGAUGGCUUUGUGAAGGCCAACAACACCUUCCUCUAUCAGCUCGUCUUCGACCCCAUCGAAAGAAAAGUAGUGCCUCUUAACCCUUACCCAGAAAACCUUGACCUCAGCACGCUCAGCUACGCCGGAGUGAACGUUGGAGAUAAGCAGGGUCUACAGAUGGCUCUGGGUAAUGUGGACAUUAACACUAUGGAGAGGAUCGAUUACUUUAAUCCUGAUGCUCCUGUAACACAACCUGUUAAAGCUCCUCGAAGUCGAGGCUGGAGUGACGCCCCGGUCACCACCUCUCGCCAGGUCAGUAUCUGGAGCAAGGCUUAUGUACCGGGCAGCGUCCAGCCCCAGACGCCAUCAUCCCCUCAGAGACCUGCUCAAACCAGAGGCAAGGGGACUGUCAUGUCCCUGCGGGGCCUCAAACUGCCCAACAGAGAACCACAGGUCAAGAGACCACGGCAAGACUCUGCUGUCUCGGAUGAAGAUGUGCUAGAGCAGUACUCCUCUGAUACCAAGAAACAGCGCACGGUAACCAUGGAAACAGAGCACAGUGUUCCAAAGGAGACGAAACAUUCCCAGAGAGAGCCUCCUCGACCCCGGAACCGAUUCGCCACACUGCUGCAGUGGAGGAACCAGUCAGAGGAGGGUGAUGGGGAGCAGGAGGGAACACGCAGCAGGUUCUUCGCGAGCUCUGAUGUCACGCUAGCCGAAUCUAACCGAUCAAAGGAAGAAUCAGAUGACCGUACGGAACCAGACCACGCCCUGAUGCUAGCAGGAGAAACACACAGCACACAGAGGGAGACAGAGACGUCACUGCAACGUGCCAGCCUGAGCGCUUUCAGCUGGUCCGGCAGUUCCACGGAACAUUUCGGAACCGGAUCCUUGUCGUCGGACCGACCAAGAACUCCCAGCAUGCCCUUGGGCCUCUCUGUCCUGCAGCAGUUCCAGAGGAAGAAGGAGAACAUCAGCUGGGGACAGACGGAAUCUCCUCAGCGCUCUCUACCCUGCUCUCCUCCAGAGGGUGCUGUUGAUGGUGAAACUCCUCCAGGUUCUCCGCCGUCUCAGGACAGCGCGUAUUUCUCACAGUCCUGCAGCAGCCACUCCGUCAGUGAGGACUCCACCACCGGCACUCACAGCGCAACGACCUCUCCCGAAACGGAGAAGGAUCCCUGGAGGGAUUUGGGAUGUUCUGAGACUCUCAGUGAGGUGUCCGUGAUGGAUGAGGUCAGAUCUACUCCCAGCAGGACGAAGGUGUCCGGUUUGUCCCGAAUCCGUCCCAGCGCGCAUGAGAAGGGCAGUAAGAUCCGCCCCUCCGCUCCGGCCAGGGUGAGCGGCUUGAGGAAGGCUCAGGGGAAGAAGAUGGGGGUCACUAAUGAGAACAACCCGGGACUGCAGGCCACCAUCAGCGGCCUGUGGAAGAACUUCAGCUUUAACAAGUGUGGAGAACCCGAAGUUAAACAACCCCUGUAAGAAAGGAGAACCCAUGUCUCCAGUAAAGGACAAUGUCCAGUAAUGAGAUGACCACUACCUCCAGUGUGAGAACUGCUGUCAUAGAGCUGUAGAGUGAUAGACCGAGCAUCACUUAACUCUCUCUCUCUGUCUCUCUCUCUGCUUAUUCUCUCCAUGUCUCUCUCUUGCCCCCCCCUGCACCCCCCUGUCACUUUCUGUCUUUCUCUCUCUCUGUAUCUCUCCCUGUCUCCCCCCUCCUUUCUCUCUUUCUCUCUCUUUUUGUCUCUCUCUCUUUCUCCAUGUCUCUCUCUCUCUUUCUCUCCCUUUCUCUGUCUCUCUCUCGCGCUCUCUCUCUCUCGCGCUCUCUCUCUCUGUCUCUGUGUCCGUUAGUGUGGUGUAGAAGUCACUGACCUUUGCUCCACACUCUGACUGACCGUGUUAAACAUACCAUGUAUGUUCAAGACUACUUUUUUCUUAAUAGUG